ACACGUGCCGGAAUGCGUUUCAAUCGUCAACAGGCCGCAAUAUUUGAAAUCAGAGCGGCUCGAAACCAUGUGAUUGCUGUGUUUACUAUGGGAUCAAACUUGCGAAGUGCAAGAUUAAUAAUAAUUUGAUUGUUUUCAUUGAGGCUUACUUCUACGAUAGUAACUGAGCCACUUCAGAUAAGAAUCUGGACAAGAUGAGCAGCUCGAGCGAGAUAAUCAUAACGAGCGAUGGGACAGGACAAAUGUUCAGUGCGGCGGGAUGGGAUCCUCAGACGGGCACUCAGUUGGCAACCUACAAAAACGGAGCCAGUCUCGGCUACAACACAACAAAUAUAAUAGCGGACUCUUAUUUGCUAGCAGCAGAUGCCACGAAGCCGCGUCUGUAUUUUUGGCCUCUAAACCAGCAAACUCCGGUGGAAAACAUGCGUUUCGUAGCCCCAGGAAACGUCACAGCGUUGACCUGCUCUCCGGAUGGAUUAUUUAUCGCUGCUGCUAUAGGAGAGAAGAUCUGUAUCUGGCAGACGAGUACUGGAGUUCAACUAGCCAUUGUCGCGAGGCACUACCAGACUGUAACUUGCCUAAAAUUCACCUCAGACGGAUCGACAUUAAUCAGCGGUGGCGACGACGGUCUUGUAUUUGUCUGGUCUUUAUCCAGUGUCGUGAGCACGACCGAGAACAACAUGGGAACUCGGCAGGCAGCCCCACUCUACAGCUUUUCCGAUCACUCGCUGGCCGUGAAAGACUUAUUUAUUGGCAGAUUUGGUAUUCAAGGAAGACUCGUCACCGUGUCUCUCGACUGUACCGCUAAGAUAUAUGAUCUCGAUAGCGGUACACUCUUGUUGAGCCUUGUGUUCGGCGUGCCUCUCACAUCGGCAAGCAUGGAUCUACGAGAGAGUUAUUUAUUUGUUGGAUGCACGACUGGGGACAUUUUUCACUUUAAUUUACACUCGCCUCCCAGGGGCAGAGAGCAUCACGUCAAUCAGACCGAGGAAAGUUCCACUUUCAAGGGCCACACCAAGGCCGUUACUUGUCUGUCUGUGUCCAGUGAUUGCGCAUCUCUGCUUUCCGGAUCCGCGGAUGGAUCCGUCAACAUUUGGCACAUUCCGAGCCGCCAAAUCGUCAGGACGAUUCCUCACAAGGGGCCCAUCACUGCCGCAUUUUUUACUAGGGCAGUAAACAACUUUUUCACCAACGAUUUGAAGCCUAAGCUUAUACUGCACAGUCUACAGAGGAGGCCCGACGCGGACUACGAGAAUGACGUCAUCGAGGUUGUGAACGGCUGCCGAGAGCAGGAUCUCUUGAACCCUGAAACCUUCUUUAACAGCAAUGACGUUCUUUCGGACGGGAGUGAUUCUUACGCCGAGUUGCAGAAAGCUCAGGAAGAAAUUAAAGCACUCAAAGCUACCAACGCGCAAAUGUACAAGUACGGUGUAAAGUUGUUACUGAAAUAAAUGUUGGAAUUUAA